GCCGCCGGCGCAUGCAGGAGCUUGUUCAAAGCCUGUCAUCGUGUGUGUAUAACGGAAAAUUUGUAUAUGUAUACAGCUAUACUGAUCGUGACGUUAUAUGUAUACAGUAUAGGUAUAUACUGCACUGCAGGAAGCGCAGAGCGCUCAGCGCACUCGCCGCUUGUUCUCUCAAGGUUGAACCGCUUUUGCGCUAUUUUAGGUUAUGUUUUUCUCUCUCGCACUCACUCACUCACUUUGACGUGAAUGAUUUUUCAUUCUGAUAGUUUGAACUCUUUAUCUUCCGGCUCCGGCUAAUCUGCAGCAGCGAUAAUAACACAGGAGAACUUUGAGAUCUCUGCUAAGGAUUGUUUCAGUUUUAUCGCGGGAGCGCAAAUGGAUCAACAGUCGAGGAAAACAAUCACGUAACCGUUAUGGAAAAGACAUAGAAGUACCCUUUGAUUUCACAAUUAUAUCGAUUCUUUACGAUUUGGAGGAUGAAUAAUUGAACCAUGUUCACGCGAAUCAGAAAUUUUUUUUACAAUCAUAGGCGUAAAUUUCUCUUCAGUGGAGUAUUUUUUGGUACUCUCAUCAUACUAGCCAGGUAUGCUCGAAGUAAACUUCGAGAAUGGCAGGAAAAGGAAGUCAACGAGCUGCUGGAGAGAAGCAGGAGGAGACAGCACUUUGAGAGUACAGAGAGAACCUGCGAUCAAACGGUGUUGAUGCUCUCUAAGAAUUUAAGAACAGCUACUACCAAGUGUCUUGACUGUAUGAAAAUAGUGAACGAUCUUCGAAAUGGUAGUACGGAUAAGAUUUCAGCCUGGAAUAGAUUAAAAAUUCUUGCAAUUUCAAGAACUGCAACAAUAAUUUAUUCUUAUACAAUGCUCGUUAUUACUUUGAGAAUUCAGUUGAAUGUUCUUGGAGGAUCAAUGCUCAAAGACUCAAAGAUUGGUGAUAGUUCUCCCCAAAGUUCAGAAAAAGUAGACGAUAGAAUGAAAGAGAAGUAUCUUUCAUUAUGUGAAAAUUUAAUGGAACAUGGGGUUGAAAAGUUGUCAUUAUUAAUUCAAGAAAAGGUUGAGGAGAUCACUGCUAGUUACUCACUAGGAGACAAAUUGCAUCUCAGAGAUGUCCAGCACAUAUACUGGGCAAUAACGUCCACAGUAUCGGCUGUGGAAAAAAGCGAACCUGUGAAGAAUAUUUCUUCUUAUCUCAUUGCAGAUGACUUUAUCAAAAAUAAUCAAUCGGACAAACCGCUUGCUAAGCUCCUCGACCAAACCCUGGAUCUCCUGGAAAGUCAAGAAGUUCAAGAUUUGAUGCAAACAAAUCUGAGGAGUGGAUUUGCUUUGCUCAUUGAUAGAAUAUCCGAAUACUUCAAUGAGAAUGCCAAAAGUGAUGGCGAAACCUCAAAUGGUGAUAACUUUGUAAAUCUGAAUGCGGUGACUAUGCCAAUGGCAAAAAUAAUUCCUAUACUGAAUGGACAGGUGCCAGAGAACCCAACACCUGGUGAUUUACCAUCCGACUGGUUGCAAAGACUGCUGCUAAGCGAGGAACUCAAAGCUCUAGGAGCAAAUAUUUACGAAGCUUUUUGUUAUUAAUUUUCUAUAAGUUUUCUUUUUGUUAUGUGAAAGAAGUAUAUUGCUGGACUAAGGCAAGGAAAGCAUGAUUUUUGUUUCUUAAUGGUAAGGGUAAAUCGAGCGUUUCGCGGAAAUAUCGACGAUGUAAAUGCAUUUCUUUCCGUGUUAAAAAAUAGUUUUUACUAUAAAAAUGGCAAAACAAUAAAAAAAAAAACGUACAAAGGUUCA